CGUCGGUCUCGUCACAUCCAGACGCAUCCAGGCCAGGCACUUGAGCUGAAUAAGAGACGCUACACAUUGCAAUGCUUACGCCGUCAAUCUCUUAUUUGUCAGUAGACACGCCGGAGCUGCAAUGAAGGCAGGGGCCUCGUCCAUGUGGGCUUCAUGCUGUGGUCUGCUGAAUGAAGUCAUGGGUACUGGGGCCGUCAGAGGCCAGCAGCCAGGGUUUGGGGCCGGUGCUGGACCCUUCAGAUUUGCCCCCAGUGCGGGAUACUCCACAUACCCCCCCACCAGCUCAGGGAGUCCCAGUGUUGUAUGCAAGGCCUGUGGCCAGGCCUUCUCAGUCUUCAGGAGGAAGUAUAUUUGCUGCGACUGCAAGAAGAGCUUCUGCUCUCUGUGCUCCGUGCUUCAGGAGAAUCUCCGCAUUUGUGCCACAUGUCACUUGCUGAAGGCCACGGCGUUUCAGCGACCACGGCUUAUGCGUCUGCGAGUAAAGGACCUGCGUCAAUACUUGCUGCUGCGCAACAUCCCCACUGACACCUGCAGGGAAAAGGAAGACCUGGUGGACUUGGUGCUCCGUCACCAAGGCAUUGAGGAAGAGGAGGACGGCGACACAGCCAGCCUCCACUCGCGUUCCUUGUAUACACCAACCCCUUCGACCACACAGUCUGCCUCAGAGCUGUCUGCUUUCGCUGCCUCUCAGGAGGAACAACUCAGCAGGAGUGACAGCUCUGAUACCAACCAGGAUAUAGGUGACGCUACAUCAGUGUCUCUUCUUAACUUGGACCCCAGUGAACACACUCCUGAGGUGAGCCCUCAGACGCGACGUCGGGCCAGAGCGUCCCUCUCGGACAUCUCCAGUUUGAGGGAUAUUGAGGGCCUGUCUGUCAGGCAGCUGAAGGAGAUACUGGCCAGGAAUUUUGUCAACUAUUCAGGGUGCUGUGAGAAGUGGGAGCUUGUGGAACGCGUCAGCAGGCUGUACAGAGAGACAGAGGAGAACAGGAAAUCAUUGGAAAAUGUGAGCAGUACUGUAACCACAGUGAUGGCCUUCCCCCCUCCUAUCUGCAAUGGUGCCAUCGGAGAUGGUGAGAACUGUCCUCUGACGAUUCACGACGACAACCUGUGCAGGAUCUGCAUGGACGCCGUGAUCGACUGCGUUCUCCUGGAGUGUGGUCACAUGGUCACCUGCACCAAGUGUGGCAAGAGGAUGAACGAAUGCCCAAUCUGCAGGCAGUACGUUGUGAGGGCCGUGCACGUCUUCAAAUCCUAAUGCACCACUGCAGCACCACUGCACCUGCUUCAGACUGAGACUGUACCUUAUCUCAGCAAUGCAGCUCAUCACCUUUGAGUCCCCAAAAGACUUAUUUUGCGGAUGUUUGUAUUCCCUUAAGUCUCACAUUAUUUGCACAUUGAAAUAUGAGAAAUGUGUUUUUCUUAAGAAUUUGACUAUUUGGUUUCACCGGUGGGCAGAGCGUAGGACCGUACUCUCCUAUGAAUCAUUCCUCAAGUUAACAUAUCUCUUAUCUGUGUUCAGUCUUAAGUGUCUGUUUUGUUUUUCUUACGGUUUUUCAAAGCAAAGAAUGUGUGGCACAAGCCACGUGCAGUCUUGUUAAACACAACACAUCACCCUCAGAUCUGCCUAUAAACUGUAGCUGGUACUCAGCUCUGCUGGGUAUUCUUAAGAGCACCUCUCUUUACAACUGCUGCAAGUGACUACAUAUCUUAGUAACAUCGAGGGCAGACACAUACUGAACCUCAACACAGGAGAGAGGAGGCGAGUGAACUAGGUGCCAAAUAAUGGGUCAUGCCCUAAAGCUUCUCACCCAUUUUCCCCCCCUCAGCUGUGUAGGACAGUUUGUGGCUGUUGAUUCUUCAGCAUGUUAGAUCAGAAAGCACUUUGUUCACACUGUGUGUUAAUGCACCACUGCUCACAUCCCACUUCAAGCAAUGACCAGUAAUAGUGAUUGAGGUAAUGUGUACUUGUUCUUGAAUGCUUGACUGAGUCCUGAGGUCCACUACCUUUGUUUAAUCAGAGAGAAAUGCUAAUUAGAAAUCCUUGAGCUUGCGUUUCCUUUUCAAGUUUCAGCUCACAGGUGCUCUGUCAUUGUGAUUUAAAGAUAUUGGUGAUUGACCAUGGGGAUUUAUGAUAAAGUUGAAUUCAAUUAAUUAUAUUGAGUUGUUUUGCAAUAUAAGCACUUACUGUAAUGCAUUACACAUUUAGAAAGUAAGUAAGUCUGUCAUUACAGCAAUAGCUAACCUCUGCUGUCACCUCUGUCCUGUCUCUGCACUUCAGCAGAGACAAACGACAAAAACCGGUGCUAACUCAUCCAGCUAUCUUCCCUGUUUUCCAGCUGAACUGUGGAUGUGAAACUCUUGUUUGUUGUUGGGAGUGGAAUGAAGUGUCUUAAUGCUUUUUAGUUGAAUUUAGGAGUAAUGUAUUAAACUAACUAUUCAAAGAUCUAGCUAUGAGUUUACUGACACCUGUGGUAUAGAAAGUAUAUAGAAAUAAUGACUUGCUAAUGUACAUUUGCAUAUAUUGAUCCAUAUGAGAUGUAUAUAUCUAUAUUUUUUUUCCAUUUGAUUUAAAUUGUGUAAUAUCAGAUUAUUGAAAUGUCCCCGGGAUUGGGUUAGUUUGCUAUUACAGAGUUGCGUUCCUGUCAAGUGAUUUGAAAUGUGUUUAAUCUGCAUUAGUUUGCUUGAACUCUCUGUCCCUCUUGAACCAGAGCAUGACAAGAAGCUUUAUGACACUGGUUAUGUUACAUCCUCCUCUUUAUACCCCCCCUGCUUAUUAAACAAAUUCCCUGCUUUUGUUUUCCCCGAAUCCUGCUCAUUUAGAAGUAUUGUGCUCUGUACUGUACCCUCACAAGGUCAACAUUGCUGCUAUUACAGUAAAGAUGUCCUCUACAAUCAUGACGAGUAGCGGAACGGGUUGCACUUUUCCUUCAGAAAGGGUGUAAUUGUGUGCAAGGUUUGGUCUUUGUAUUGGAAUGUUGAACUUUUUAUUUUGGUAAUUAAAGAUUUUAAUUAAAGUCUGUUUUUGUAUAAUCAUGCAUCACAAGCAGUGUCCCUGUACUACCUUGGGUAAAGUAAUAACUAGUGUUGAAAUGAGCAGCUGAUUAACAGAGCAACACAAAUUUAUCUCAGUUUGUCAAAUGUGAUCAUGUUCUGGAUUUUUGUUUGAUAUUGCAUUUUUUCGGGGGUUUGAGACUAAUAAUUAGACAACAGUUGAGAAACUUCAUAUUCUGACUCUGCGUGGCAUAUUUUUUCUGAUAUUUUACAGACAAAAAAAAAAAAAGGGAAAAAAAAUCUGAUUGUGAUUGUAAGUUAUUGACAAAAUAAUCACUAGAUUAAGCCCAAGCAAUAUAGCUACAUACAUUAUUAGCAGAAGGACAGAUACAGUAUGAACUCUUGUGUUUAUGACAUUGUUCCUUUGUGAGAAUCAUAUUAUAUACUUUAUUAUCAGUAGUUACUAAUCUUGAACUUUGGGUCCCCAGGUGGUCCCAAGAAGACAAGAAAAACAUUAUGCAUCCGCACUAGUCACAGCUGAGGUCAGAGGCAUUAUUUUUCAGAUUAUUCAUACAUCCAUCUCCCUCUCAUGGAUGUGAAACCUCUUGAAUGUCUUGAGGAAAUUUUUUCAAAUUUGGCACAAAUAGCCACUUGGCCUUGAGGAUGAACUACUUAGGAUUUAAUGGUCAAAGUGACCGUUUGGUCACAAACCACACGUUUGGCCACAACUUGAGAAUUAAGACACUAGUCAUGACAAAAUUUCACACAAAUAUCUAUUAAUAAACUAAUAAAUCGAUGACGUUUCAUAACUAAAAGGUCAAAGGUCAAGUCCUAACAAAUGUGGCUGUGAGCUGCAUUCUAGUGGAGCUUUACAACCACGAGGCGGUAACUCUGGCUGUUCAAUGGAACUCAUCUUCAUUUUAUUUUCUGUGAAAAAUGUAUAUUUACCUCUUCAGAUUCUUACAUGUUUAUUAUUUUUACACUUCUUUUGUGCUUAGUAUUUUUUAUUUUACAUAUGACACUUCCUAUUAUUUUGCUACCCUGACUUUUUGACUUUUCCUUCCUUUCAUAAUCAUUUAUGGGUGUGUUGUGUUACAGCACUGUGAAACAUUCCAUUUGUAUGACUUGCUAUACAAAUAAAACCUGAUUGUUUGACUA